UUGCGGCAGCAGUGCCUUGCCUUGACUUGCCGACGUCCGUCGUGGUGCUGCUGCAGCCGUCGUCGUUUCGAGCUGCCUCCGCCGUUCUUCCAUCGUUCCUUCUUCCGCAGCUUCUUUCCAUCUGUCACUCCUUUCCUUCCUGCUUCUCUCUAGUUGGUAAGCCUAUAAACGUGUACCAGGCAGUUGCCUGGCUGGUCUGACUAGAAAUCCUCUUGGUCGAAAAUACAAAGAUCCUGUUCGUGGAGUCUAUAUGAAGGAGGAAAUUCGAGCGGAGCCGAUCCACCAGAGGUCAGACCUCUUCUCUCGUUCCUCCCAACAUCCGGCUUCUUGGGAAGAAAAACAAAUUCCUGGCUGUCCGAGUAUCCGCCGCCGCCUGAGGAGAGCCGAGAAUUCGAGGAGAACAGCAGCCGAAGGUGCACCAAGGUAGUCUCUCGAAGAGGAACACGAAGAAGGUUCUCCUCUUUCCCCACCUACUGCUCCGCCACUACCUACCGCUACCUCCAUCUCCUCCUUCCUCCACCUCCACCACGCGUACAGUCGUACGGUCGCCGGCGAGCAAUACGGUUUACGGCCGCGUGACACUGUCCCGGACAACAUCGCCGUCCACGAACAGCUGGAUCCACGUUGGAUCGGAGUUUCAUCCUUCCGUUCGUGGUGCGUGUCGCCAGGAUGGUAUCCUCAUUGUCGCGGUAUCAUCGUUCGUGUAGCUGGUGAACCGAUUAUAGAAAUCAUCGGCAAACACCGACACUGCGGUGUCUCCUCCGUUCUUCAGGCUGAAUCCCAGAAACGAGAAUUUUCGUUCCGUGACGAGUGAAUCGACGCGACGAUACCCGGUCGUCCUUAAGCCGUAACUGUACACGACGAUCAACAGCAUCGGUGUGGUUAUUCGUUGGAACGGUGCUCGUGGCUACGAAGCCGGACGUUUCUAACCGCGGCAAAAGAAAGAAAAAAAAAAAAGGAAAAAAGGAACCACAAACGUCGAGGUGCUAACACCCAGGGGAAGCUAGCGGAACAUACGUGUCCGUGUUUGGUCGCGAGUGAGAGUGUUUUUCGCGUGUACGAGCGUCCGUGGUGGCGUCCGGGCUUCUGACGAGACAUCAACAUCUGGUAGCGUGUUUCCGGUCGCGCGAGCGCGUGCACGUCCCGUUCUCCUGACGGACGGUGCGCGUUCGAGUUCCUCUGACCUGGACGUUCGGCAACCGGCCGAUUUCCACGAGGUUGCGGUGCCGUUCAACACACCUACACGUGGGUGUACGAACUUCCUUCUUUCGUUAUAAUCGUGCGCGUCCAAGAAAGAGGACAACGAGGACGACGAAGACGACCUCGAAGAGUCCUCCAGUAUGCCGUGGAUAGUUCUUCGUGGAUCGUUUAAGUGAUCGAUCGAAUUGCUUGCUGGAUCACGGUGCUAGCUUCGAGUCAGCUGUUGAUCGAGGAUUAUUCCUGCCAGCUAUUCCCCGUGUGGACGUCCAUCUUCUAUUCGCAGAGGCGGAGGCAUUAAUGAUAUCUACACUACGACCCUCAAGAUGAAGUGAAGAAUUUAUAAUUUACGGUGCUUCAAGGUUCCAUAUGGCAAAGGAGCUGCUAAUAUGCUAAUUUCAUAGAACCAUUCCUGUCAUCUUCCAAAUUUUCAUGCCAAAAGGUCCUUCCCCGAAUUGAAGGAUGCGGUGGGUGCGGAGGCACGCCAGUCACCAUCACUGAACAUCAUUCCUUUAUCAUCGUCUGAAAAAUACUGCCGGCCGAUUAAUCGGUAGCCGAGUUGAUAAAACGAGGAGCAACCACGAGGACGAAACAGUUAAACGACUCGAUGGAUCUUACGGAGGCAUUCGCCCCGGGCGGGGGUGGGGAGGAUCUGCCAAAGACCGACUACUUCGACUUUGUCGUCUCUCCGCCUCCGCACUGCGCGUCCGCGGACGGUGUAUCCGACGAGGAGAGCUUUCUUCAUCGUACAACUUGCAGAAGCAUCGGAUACCUUCAACCGAGUCACGAGGAGCACGAAACGAACCGUGAACUCCAUGGCUCGCCAUUUAUCAAAGAAACCAACAACAACACUCUAACAGCCCUGCCACCAGUUUCGACCAUCACCGGUUCCCUCAGUCAUCACCAUCACCAUCAUCACGUCAGGACGCAUCACAGUGCUUGCAACGUGCAACAGAAUAACGAGCAGACCCCGAUGGACCAGUCGGACUGCGACUACUGGGGCACCGACGAGACCAAGGAACAAACCUGUAACAUACUCCUGGAGGACCUAAACAAGUACUGUUGGUCGGCCAACGCUCAGAACCACGGCAACGACAGCGUCACCGUCCAUCAGGCUUCCAACGAGCAUCAUCAAGCGGUGGCUCGAGGAUGUUCCACCAACGACAGACAGAAUACGGACGGUGCCAUCUACACGUUGACCGUGUUGAACAACGAAGCAAACUCCAUGGACGCCCUGGACUGCUGCAAGAGUCCAGCCCCAACCUCCAGCGACUCCUGGUCCCUGCGACCUAAUCUGGACCUGGACGCGAUACUCAGCAUGGAGCCCGUCUCCGCGGACCAGGAACACGAUCAGACCGCAAGCGUGACCGAAGUGUCGCGAACGGUCAACGACAGGUUUCAUCCUGACCGUUUCUCCGUCGCUUCUUCUCAGUACGCCACAGACGACAGUGGCUUCGUCGAGAGCAAGGAACUGUGCGGCAGGGGAUCCUCCGCGGGAGCCAACUGCACAAGCGGCGACAACAAUAACGAUUGGAAGCUGUCUGACCAGAACCUGCAGGAAGCCGCAGCAGCAGCAGCAGCAGCCGCGGCUGCAGUCGCAGUUGGCGCGGGUGACUCUGCGGAGAGUCUCUUAAGAAGCGCCCUUCAAGGUAAGCUCUACACCGGCCCGACUCAAGUGGUCUCAUCCUCGUCGCCAUCUACACAAGGCUCCACCAUAUCCUUACCAGUGACGAGCAACGCUGGCCUGCAAAUAGUCUCCGACCAACAGCAACAACAGCAACAGCAACAACAACAGCAGCAGCAGCAGCAGCAGCAACAACAACAACAGGACGAAUCCAUGCACACGUGUACCGAUGAAGAUCUAUUACUUUCGCAAUUGGACCAAACGACCUAUCGCCCUGGCGAUUACGAGAAACUGAAGAGCAUAGCCAACGAAGUGGUCGAAUCCUACUGCAGUCUCGAACCAGUCUGUAACGUCUCGGCAACGACCACCGUGAUGUAUACACUGGACCCAACGAGUGGAAGCUUAGGAACCAUCACUCUUCCAGCAGACCUGGGUCAGGUUAGCACGGUCACGGUGGUCACAGCGGCCCAGCAAGACGUUCUUCAGCAACAGACUGCUCCUAGAGCCGAAGUGGAACAACAACAACAACAGUCGACCAAUCAGAUCCAAAUAGCACCAUCCAGAGUGGUGACCACGAAGGCACCCAAAAAGUACUGUCGAAGAGCCAACAGGAACAGCAACAGCUCGAACGCGGCCAGCAACGGCAGCAGUGGUUCGGAAACUGGUGGUACCACGAGUGGUCAGCAACAAGGCACUUCCGGCGGCUCUCCUGGCAGUGUCCAGCGCAAAGAACGCUCGUUGCAUUAUUGCAGCAUCUGCAGCAAAGGCUUCAAAGACAAGUAUAGCGUGAACGUCCACAUUAGAACGCACACCGGCGAGAAACCAUUCGCUUGCUCCUUAUGCGGCAAAAGUUUCCGGCAGAAGGCGCACCUGGCGAAGCACUACCAGACCCAUGUUACCCAGAAACCCAGCGUCCAGCAACAGGCGAGUGGAAACAGCGCCAGCAACAGCGGGAACAGCGGGAACCCCAGUCCCUCUGGGGAAACGGGUACCACUACCACCAGCAACGUGACGAACAGGAGUCAGACCCAUCAGGUGUCGGUCGAUCCAGCGGGGAACGCCUGUAAUCCACCCAGUUAGUCGCUCUAGGAAGAUUACGUCCGCCGAUUGAUCGUCUUCAGCGUCGGGUUUGACGCUUUCGAUCGUACCGUCUGCUUUAUUCUUUCUUCUAAUUCAACUCUUCGACUCUUUGAUUCUAUAUUCUUGGCCGGUGAUCGAAUUCUUCGUCCACUGCCACUAGCUGAUCUACGAUGGUCGAGGUCGAUGAACCUUGACGGCGAACCAUGACCGACGAAGUUCGCGAGAUGCAUGGACUAAUUAUCUCGGGAUUUCGUUUUAGACAGAGUAUUAACGGCGAACCGUUUUUUUGACGAGUUCGUUGAUAUUUAUUCGAGCUGUAUACACGAUGACGCUUGCGAAGUAGAAGAGUAAGCGUUCGUCGUGAAACGCUCACUGAACACGUUCCGUCCAACGCUUUCCACGGCGUUUUUAAUCGUCACAGUAUUCUGUAAGAAUUACAGAAAGCCGUCCUUAGAAUCGAGUUGCGAAUUUAUCCGCGGGAAGGAGCGAGCUUCAGAUAACUACCAGGCCUGUUCAGCUGAGAUUGGUUAAAGGAGGUGAAAACUGAUAUCGCCACGCUCGUCAACACACCGUCGAUAAAUUUACGAUGAUAAGUUAAGUGAAAUAGGCGAGCACAGAUCGCCCUUUAUUUUUCUAUUCUUGUAAUUAAUUGUCUUCCGUUCAGGAUCAAUCGAUCGUUCAAGGUUAUCGUUUCUAAGAGUUUCUUAGACGUAUCGAUGUUUGAGAUUUAUAAGGGACGUUAAUCUUCAAAUUUUAAUGAAACUUUGAUGUGAUGUAGGCUAAAGAAAUAUUUCAUACGUAUUCUUUUAUGGUCAAGGAUCAUACUAGAGGGAUGAAAAGAACCCUUCAAAUUUUUAGAUAUUGACUUUAUCUGAAAUAUUUUUUAAAACUUCUAUUUUCUUUCCAUAUUUGAUCUCUAUGAUAAUUUUAUUUUACCAUAAAUAAUUUUCAAAAUAUUUUUCAGCAAAGUGAUUAACGUUUCUUGUUGGAUCAUGGAUCCAGAGUGUUACCAAUGGCGUUAUUAAGGGAUAAUAAAUUUAUUUUAUAUCAAGCUUGAUCGAUCAAUUGAUUUUAAACGAACCGUAAUCGGAUCGUAGAUCGACGAUGGCCAUAAAGCGACUCGAUGAAAUUGUUGUUCCUAAGACGACUACAUAAGUCGUUCGACAAGAAAGGGCCACAUCGAGUACGAUCGAUCUUUAUUUAAUGCCGUUACGAGAUAUUAACGUUGAAGAUAUCUUAUUAGAAAGUAUUCUUCUUUUAAUUUUCUUCUAUUUUUCUCUUCCUCUUUGUUUCUUUUUUUUUUAUAUACAGUAUACACAAACACACACACACACACACAUCCAGAGACACGCGUAGACUAGCGUACGUAACGUAGAAACCGGUAAGUAACAGAGUAUCGAGAGAGAGAUAUAUAAGUUUUUUUGUUUUUUUUAAGUAAUUUGUAGCACGAGCUGUGAUUUAGAUACAUACAUACUCAACGAGCGUGGACACGGCCGAUUUUUGUCAAUUGUGGUGGUUUUUAACUAGCGUGUCCCAUCGUCUGUUAUUCGUAGGAGAGUGAAAGCGAAACGUUCGACGCGCGAUUUCGCAAAGAAUUGCAAUUCUUCCAACACUUUUAGAACCCGAUCAUUCCACGCGAACCCAAUUCAAACCAAUUCAUCCAUUUCACAAAAAUUGACGAAACGUCGAACUGUUUAAUUAGAAUUCAGAAUUCUAAUGAAUCUAAUUAGAACUUUUCGAAGUAAAUCUUUUGGAAUCGUUUUGAAGUGCUGCUCGUGAGAUUCACGAAUUGAAUUUUAUUUUUUUUUUUAUUUGAAUUUUACUAGAUGAUUCGAAAAUCUUUUUUCCAUUAGAAAUUUUCGAAUAGCUUGAACAACUUAUUAGGGUAUACUAAUGUUUGUGAACUAAUGUCUGUGCAAUUCUAGAAUUGCAUACACUUGAAAAGUGAUUUUAUUAAACGAUAAAAUUUGUAAUUUAUUUAUUUAUUAAUUGUAAGACAUUGUUCACAGUAAUGUUUUCUUAUUUUAAUUGUUUGAAACCCAGUUUCAUUAUUUACUAGCCAAAUCUUGGUAACUUUUAUUUUAAUAAAUCUUGAACUAAUUAAUUUCACUUCAAACUAAUUACCAAGUAUUUAGCAAACUGCUUUUGACUUUCCAGUGAAUUUCUCACGACGUUUGACCGUGGAAUCGUGCAAUCGAAGCAAUUAGCCCAUUAAUCCACGAUCUUAUUCAUCCGUGAGCGUGAAUCUCGCGAUUCUAACGCACUCUUUAUUUCCUGUAAACUGUAAACCCUUAUCGAUUCUCCAAACGCUUCGUUUUAUAAUUUUAUUCCAGAAACGGGGAAGAAGGCUGACUUUAUUGAUGCCACGUUUUAUACUCCACUCGUAAACUUUGAUUUCCAAUUAGCAUCGCGUCAUUGAAUGAGCCGGCGAUACGUGAGAAUCUUUUUUCCAUGGAAUCAGGACAAACCGAGUCAACCAGCUGAGAACUGGGACACAGGAUGAACGGAAAGAUAUUAUUUUCUUAUCGUCUUUCUGAAUUUUUAUGGACGAAGUAUGCUGAGAGGAAUAAUUUUUAUAUCUUGCUUUUGGCAGUCUUCAAUUUUGCAAAUUCUUUUUUUUUUUUCUUUUAGAAACAAAAUGAAAUUUAAAUAUUAAUACCGAAGCCUAAAGCAAUGAUUUUCAACUAAUAGAAUUUCAUUAUCGAAAAUUUGCUUCUUUUAGCUCCAGUCUACUGCAGAAAUGCCAAGUUUGUCAGAAGAAAUGUGGAAUUAUUGAUUUAAUGGAAACGCAUUAGACGAGGCAGCGGUACUGCGAAAGAUCAUUCAAAAAUGAUAGUCGCGAGCGGUAUUCGACGCGUAACGCGACGGGGAAAACGUAUAUAGGCGAAAAGGCGAAACGAGUGUUGCAUCGCGGAGGUCAGAGCUUCGGAGAGAGCCUCAGGUUGUUACGAGCAGCGUCCAGGUAAUUACAGGUUGCGAUAUUGCGUUACGUGCAUGCAUUACGCACCGGGCUCGCGAGAAAAACGAUACGUCCCGCGGCGGACGAUAAAUUCUGCUCGAAAGUCUAGCUUGGAUGUUUAGCUGCGACGUUUAUCGCUCCUCGCCUCGUCCAUCUGAACGUGUUAUCCUGCUCGACGUGAUAAUCGUGUCGAUACUAGAUUUUUACAUUUCUUACGACCUUAUCGACUUCCCGCGGAUAGGAUUGCGCAAACUUGCAACGAAUAAAUGAAAAUUUUUUAAAUUAUUGUUAUUGCAUUACGAGAAGAGCCUCUAAACAUUAGGUAAUUAAAUAUUUUUUAUGAAGGACAGUCCCAUAUUGGACAUAUUUUAAUAUAAAAUUAUUUUAUAAGUUUUACAUAGCUUUUUCAAGACCUCGUCAAUUCACGAAAAGAGUAUCUUAAAAUGAAUUUUUAUUUUCAUCUACGGAGUCUUUUAUUAAUACCUACGUUAUGCCGUGGCAUAAAAUAUAGUAUUUAUUUUAUAUGCAAAUUAUCUCCUCAGAUUCCAGUUUUAUUGUACAUAUUUUCAAAAGCGGUUGUUUCUAGCGCAAAAGACGUCGGUCGCGCUAUUUGCAGUUUCUUCUGCGGUUGCGGAAAACUGGUAGCACUUGCGGUUAAACGAUUCGGAAAAUACCGUGGGGUUAUUCACGGCCGCUCUACUUGUGGUCGAGAAAUUAUCGCGUUUCGCGAACUUAUAUAUUUCUUUAGCCUCGAUCUUGACAAAGAUCUUCAUCAAUUUUUCAAUAAUAUUUUUGAAAAAAAAUUCGACGAUUUCAAUAAGAAAAAUUAUAUCCAGAUACUUCUGAUUCCUUCGAGGGAAUCUAUAAAUUCUCCGAGUUUGAAAAUUUCAAUAAUAUUUGAGGUAGAUUAUGAAAUGCAAAUAGAGACGAAUAAAUAUUUAUCUUUGCUGAUAACUCUGUUGGCAGUGAGGUGGAGUAAAACGCGGUGAGAAACUUCGUAACCGCAACUCGUACUAAUUUUACGUGCAACCACAAAGUGUUAUUUACCAUAGGGUGUGUUAUUCUAUUCGUUUGUUCACAUCUGGUGCUACAAAAACGAAACUUGGACACGAAGUUUCUCGGGUUUCAGCAACAGUAGUUUGUAUUUAAAACAAAGCGCAUGCAUUUUUAUCCCUUACAGAAAUCGUCGAAUCAUUAUCAAACCACUUAUCACUACUUCGACUGUGUCUAACUCGUAAUCACCGAGUAAGAAACAACUUUCAUUCCCGCGAAUCAGUUUUAAUCUGAUCCAUAUUUGUAAGUGGAACACCUGCGAAUAACAGGAGCAAAGGGUUUAUCACUAGACCAACUGCAAAUAGGUAUCAAUUUUAUCUAGAAGCCUAAUGGAACAAGUCUGUACUAUCGGUUAUUGACAAUUUACUGUUUUGUAAUUCCAUUGGUCGCGUUAGACAACGCUGUGAUCUAGCAAAAGUAGAGCGAGAUUGUAGAGAAUUUUCAGAAUUGUAACUCUGCUAACUCUGAUUACUGCUUGUCUUCUUAAAAACGUUUGAAAAUUACGGGAAUAACGCUGGUUCGUACUCUGAGAGCGAUGCUAUCAUAUUCCACUGCUUAUCGUUUCAUCGGUAACAGUUUAUCAGAGAUAAUACAGUUUGUACCAAAAAAAAGAAUGUACAAACCAGGAAAUCUUUACAACGAAUGAAAUUGAAUCAAGUCUAUUAUUAUUUUAUACUUUGGGACUUUAUAAACUUUAUUUCUGAGCUGUCCUGGUUAAUUUGUAAUGUGUAAUUUGUAAAUGAACGGUUGUGUACAUUAAUUUUGAAACAUCCUGUAGAUGGAAAGAUCGGAGCAACGUCUUAGACAAUUUUCCAUCGAUCUUCCGGAUAGAGUGGCGUUUCGUCGGUAUCAUUAGUCAGUUUCGCGAAGUGUAUCGUGACAGCGGAGAUUCUAGGAUCGUUCGAGGAAACCGAUAACGCGGCGCAAAAGAUGCCGAUCGAUCGUUUAGAUGUUAGCCCCGGUGCAGUUUUACCGUUUCUCAUCGCGAAAUAUUAUCAAUAAUGCUCUAUCCGUCGUCGUUCGAACGAUUCCAGUGGAUAAUGUCAAGGUAAUUGCUGAUGCUGCGAUAAGCAACUGGCGCUCCCUUGAGCUCUUCCUUUCCAUCGUUUCAUGGUGAGAAUUGCGCUCAAGAUAAGGCACCCUGUUAAUUAACCGAAUCACGUGGCCUUACUUUUUAUCCCUAAUUGACUUUCACGCAGUACUUUCUUUCUUUUUUAUCGUUCAGUUGAAGAUGAAAUCGUUUCAGUGAAAAUUUUGACCGUUCCAUUAGGCUCAUUAGGCUUCAGGGGUUAAUUGCAAUUUUUGGCUGGAAAGAAAAUUCUCAUUAAUUAUUUUAUUUGUUUGCAAUUUUAUACUUUGCUAGCAAAUUUCCAAACACAAUGAACAUUUUUUUUUUUUUUUUUUCAAUUUAUAGACCGAAUCAAUAUGUAUACGUCUCGUUAACCAAUUAACAAAAAAAGAAACGUAUUCGUAGAGUUAGCAUCGAUAAAAAGAAAAGUGGACACCGAUGGUUCGGUACAGUGCGAACGGUAGCUUACGUUAAACAUUCCAAGCCCCUUUUACCCGGCUCGGUCGAUUAGUCGCCGUUGCAUUUAUCGUUUCUCCUUCAUCGAGUGUAACUGCAACGCAUUAUCGAGGGCCGAUGUGGUAAUUCGCUGAGUCCGAUAUUAAUGACGCGUGGCCAAUUUUAAUGAUGCCUAAAGUCGCGAUGACGACUGCGUGAGACCAUUGACGAGUCCGUUAGGUACCUGUCUAUCUCGUUUCGAUAAACCCUUUCUCGGUGAAGUUCAACGAAAGUUAAUAUUAAAAAUUUUAUAAAUAUUCAAUUAUAAAAAUAAAAAUUAAUCAAGUGAAAAAUACUCGAUAGAAUCGAAUAGAUUUAACAAAGCUCAAAUUGAAAAUACUCAAAGCAAUUAAACGAGAUUAUCUUGCCACGGAAGUAUUAUUCGCGUAUUGAUCACAUAAUCGAGACGGUUCUUUUCUGAACGUUGCUAACAGAUUUAGAAAAGCGAAAAAGUCUGUGUACAAGCAAAAAGAAACAUAUCGUUUUCUUGACGCAAUUGAUCUUGCGCGCCAAGAGGUAGUUCUAAGAAAGCCUGGACACGUCGACGCAUAAAUAUUCUAAUUAAGCACAUAAUUAGCGAACCAAGAGGCAGGGAAUUAUCGUAAUCGCUUGGUAGUAUUUUCAUACGUUAUCAUGGUAACAAUAUCUUGUCCCGAUAUCUCUUUAUCGCAUUAAUUAAGCUGAACCAGCCGGAACACACCUGUCUGAAAGUCAACGGGCACAAUUCCACGACUCGAUCUUUAUACCGAGGCUAAUUGACUCAUUCUUAACUCAUUGCUGCUGUACACGCGGCUCUCGUAAUUGCAACUUUGUUCAUUUCAAUGAGAACCAUCGAAAUUUCAUAAUUAUCUUGUAAUUUAAAAAAUUUCUUCUUAAAUACAAAACAGUGGGUAAAAGUUCACAGGAUAAAUUUAUAAAAAUAAUUAGAAUUUUAAAUAUUUCUUGCCUGACUUAGUUCGGAAUCUUUUUUUUUUUUUAUGGUAGUUCUUAGAGUAAUUAAGGUACUAUUUUCAACCCGCAUCGCGCUCUUUAUCGUGAUCUCCGAACACGGCACGAACUCGGGCUCUAAUUAUUCAGGAAUGAAAAGCGUCCUCACGAUCCGACUUAUGACAUUUGAAAGUGGAUAAAACAAACUACAAAGGAACAGCCUAUGCGCAAUUCAUUGAUACCGUUCGAUACGUAUGUACAAGUAAUUUCUUCUUUUACACUGUUCGAAAUUGAAAGAGAUGAAAAUCGAAGCUCAAAUUCAAUCCUGCCUCUAAUAAUGAUCCGAUCAGAAUCGGAUGAUGUUACGACUCACAUCAGUUGAGAAGCAAAAGAACCGCUGCUCUAAUUAAUGGUCCAAGCGAAACGCGAAGAAAAAGUACACAUCUCGGGAUUUAUUUACGACACAGGUACCGAUAGUAAAUCGGUUAAUCGGCGUGUGCCCGUGAUUAAGCACCGUUCCUCUUCUCUAAACCGUGUUAGGCUGAAAGCGUCCAGGUAUCAUCAAACUAUACGCUUGUACGGCUCAAUAUGAUGAGAUCCGCCUAAUAAGGGUUGCAACCGGUGUUUAGAGUGACCAACGACGCGGCUUUCACCAAUUUAAACUCGGGAAUUGCGACCCGCCCGGCUUCUAAUCGACUAUACACGCCGCGCCGCACCGGCAACGGUAAUCGAUCUCGACGAUUUCGCCUACAUCUACGUCGUUACUCGCCUCGACAUGGAACGGGACGACGUUUAAAGUGGUCGCGAUUCACUAACCGUUAAUAACCUCUCUUUAAUUGACUGGCUUCUUUAAUUGUAACGGGAAUCGAUUUGUACGAUCGGAUUUCGAGUUCCAUUUCACGAUUCGUUGCACUGAACACACUCGAAUUUUCGGGUCGACGGGUCAAGUUUAGACGGAUGUUGGUAGAUCUUGAAGAUCGAUUAAGAUAAAAGAGAAAAUUGUAAUUUGAAAAAUUAUAGUGAAUUCUUAAUUGAGAGAAUCAAGAUCACGUGUUCAGUAUUGGCCUUGAAUAAUUAGAACGAAAUCAUUUUUAGAAAUUUCCAAGAUGAGAAAAAUAAUUUUUGAUCAAAGAAUUCCAUCGAAUAAAUAAAGUUCUCGGAUGAUCAUAAAGCUUCCUGUUAGACAACGAUCGAGUACGUUUUAACAGGAUGCGAGUGGGUGUUGAAGAAUCUUUCGUAGUGACAGAUAUCCACGGAAGAUCAUGAGCCGUGUGCUGAAAUUCGAAGAAGUUGUGGCAUCCGAGCGAAACUUGACGGAGAUAUAUUCAACGACACGCUUAGCUCGGGAUUUUUCAUCGCCUUGGCAUGUCGUUGUAGCGCGUUAACCUUCUGAAGGUAGAACGGAGGUGUGGCACACCCCCGUCCCUCCGUAAACACGAGCUUACGGAGAUACAACAAUGGUCCCCGCAGAUGGAAGAUUGCACGGAAAGGUGCAACGUUCACGUGCAAAGGUCGCCACGCUUGAAUCGGAUAAACGAGGAUAAUGUCGCGACCCAACUAUCAUAGAUGGAUUUUAUUCACCGUAGAAAAAGAUUUGAUACGCAUCUAUGGAUGAUCCUUUACUCGAAAACGAGCUUCCAUUAUCAUUUUAGAAACAAUACUCACUUUAUAGCUGUAAUAUUUUUCUGUUCAAGUGUCAUUGUUUGGUAAGGACUGGACGAUAUUGAAGAAAUUUAAGAAUUUUAUAAAAGGAAUUUUUUAAGAAGAACUUCCUUUCAAAAGAAAAUUGAUUCUCACCGCCGCUAAUUAUUUAUAAAAAUAACUUCAUCGUUAUAACCCAAAUUAAUAACAAAGCGUUUGGAAAGUCGUCGUACCCAUUUUGUUCACGUUGAAUAAUACUCAAGGUGUACCGUUGUAUUAUAAGGCAACAACCCCUUCCACUUACUCUAUGCUGCGUUAUUAAUUUAACGUUACAUCCCUUGUUUAUAGAUUUAUACACAUGAAUAUAAAAAAAAAAAUAUAUAUAUAUAUAUAUAUAUAUAUAUAUAUAGUAUGUUAUUAUCUCACACUAUUUCCUAGUUUGAUACCACUUUAAUAUUAAAACGAUUGCGAUGAGCGUCAGUGUUGUUAAGACCUUUUGUUAAGGUGACGUGAACCCAAUCCCAAGGUUACCAUGGUAACGAGAUAUUUUCAACGAGAUAAGUAAAUAAAUAAAUAAUGAAACGGAUAAGUAAAUACGAAUAAUACUCAACAGUCGUAGCAUGAUGCCUGGAGCAAAAGCGACGGGUCAAAACUUGCGCUGAAACAAGUAAGAAAAAUGAUUUCUUUUAAACGUCGAUUAAAUAAAGAUUAUUAAUAAUUAAAAGGAAAAUAAAGGUUUAAAAGAGUCUCGACUAUGUAUAUAGGAAACGUACAUGUUGGCCUAUCCAGUACAAAAAAAACCAGAUCGUUAUAAUAUUAAUAAGAUCACCGAUUAUUGUGUUGUGUGAAUAAUUACAUUUUAAUGUUGUUAACGAUUUCGUAAUAUAUAUAUAUGUAUACACAUGUUUCUAUACAUAUACAAAAUACACGGAUUUAUAUAUAUAUGUAUACGGAUACAUACAUAUAGAGAUACGUAUACAUAUAAAUGUUAACACAGCUCUUUAUUUUUUUCCUUUCUAUCUUCUCUCUUGUUCCGUCUCGUUUCACUCUCUUCUUACCCUUUUUUACUUUCUUUGCUCUCGCCAUGCAGCUGAAGAAGACUACUUGUAGAGGAUCGUUUUUGUUUUGUACUUAAAGCGUUCUCGUACGCGACCGAACUAUGUUUUGUACCACGUGAAGAAUGGCAAUAAAGUAGUUGACCAAUUCCUUUUUUUUUAA